AUGUGGCUAGAGAAAAUGCUACUAGAGUUGCAACCCGAAUCAUCUUCGCCAUCAUCACCACAAUCGCAAUUGCCGCCCAGUCAUUAUGCACAGCAACAGCAACAACAACAACAACGUCCACCGACUGGCGUGAUUGUGGAGGCGAUACCAUCAACAUCCAUACAAAAUCCCAAUCGUAAUUACUAUAACACAACGGCAUUAUUAAAUCAUGCGGGCUAUGAGUCACAAGCAAACAUACACCACCAACAACAACAUCAUCAUCAAUUGCAUCAGACUCAGCAACAGGCUGAUGAGCAACAGCAAUUAGUUGGGUUGCAUAAUCAACAUGCGCAACAACAACACCAACAACAUCAGCAGCAACAGCAACAAGCACCGCAACAAUCCAACCAGGAGCAAAGCUCCUAUGAACAAUAUUACUCAGUUUAUGAUGAUGAUCUUGAUUUGUAUAGGGAUAUAGAAUAUCAGCAGCAGCAGCAGCAGCAGCAACAACAGCCACCACCGCAGCAACAAUAUCAGCCGCCACCACCACAACAACAACAACACCAACAGCCUGUACGUCAACAACCUGUUCAACAAUCGACCUAUCGAACCUUGGAAAUAUUGACAACACCAGCACCACGAGAGACUUAUAAGCCACAAGAGAAGCCCACUUACAACAAUAAUCAACAAUCGUUGAUCUAUAAUACAGACUAUGAUGAGGAUCUGAUUGCACAGAUCGAGCAGGAUAAUGUGUAUGAUCAGCCGACACGUCCGCCACUGAGUGAGCCUGUUACCAUUGAAACACCACCACCACCACCACCACCGCGAUCGGCACCAACAACGCCACGCCCACACCGUCAACCGAUUAGCGAUGCGCGUAAAAUUUUUAUUACCGAACCACCUGCUCUUGAUGAUGCGCCCAUUUACGAUACCGCCUACGAGAAUAGCGCCGAGUUGUAUGAUGAUCCGCCUACGUACGGUCUAAAUACCGAUCGCGCGCUCUAUGAGCAGCCGUCACGUUACACCACCUAUGCACCCAAAUUGGUGGCGACACAAGACGUUGACGAAUAUAGCGUAAUCGGUUCAACACCAAACGGGCAUGAAUUUAACAAAAUAUACAAACCGACUGCAACAAAUUUUGUUGAACUACCUACAAGUCGGGGAGGUACAGCGCCAACCCGAAGUAGUACGUUCUCACAACGUGGCAACCCCACAACAACAGUGAAGACAAGGACGACUACAGCAGCGCCAAGGACAUCGGCACGUACGACGGCAAGAAGCACCACCCAAAUUGUGCGUACUACACAGGCGGCACCAAUAACAACAACAAAGUCGUUAAGAUCUAAAACGCAUGCAAAUAUAUACCAAAAGAACCAACGUACGCAAUCCAAUCCACCACAACAACCACCUUCCGCAAUCAAAGCAGCACCUCCAUCUCCAACUCCGCCUACAUCUUCCCCAACUCCCACGCAAAGAACGACAAGCAUACCAACAUCCACUACAACGACAACAUCCACAGAAAACCCCCAACCCAGUGCACAAUAUUCAAACUCGGACGAGACGUUUGUCACGGUAGUCUCCAAGCCGCACAGUCUCGCCGCACACAACCCAAAUAUACAACAACAAAACAGAAAUCCGUCUCACACACCCAAUAGACCGCAGUCCCAGUCAUCCUUGUUAGGUUUUCGAACGGUGGACGACAUUGAAACUAUCUCAUACGCCAGUCAAAACGUACACGUACAGACAGCUGAACCCUUUAGAAGUGCUGGUCGUCCGUUUGAGUCAAGCACUGCGCUUAACGGUAGGGCAAAAUUUUUGGCUGUCAUUGACAAAGUGGAGACGUAUGCUGACGGUUCGCAUGGCAAUUCGGUACGCGCAAUUAGUGGUAAAGCUGUUUCACAUGAAAAGUAUGGGUCACACGAGAAUGCCUAUCGCAGCAGCAAGCAAUCGAAUGAGUAUUAUGGUAAAAUAACUGACGUGAAAUCACCACAGAAGAGCCGUUUGCAAAGCUAUAUUGUCUCCGAUGUCGCGCCGCAGAGUUUCAAACCCGUGCCGACCGUUAAAGAGGUAGCGUUGCCAUCCCCAGAGCCUGAGACUGUUUUAGAGCUUAUAAGCGGUGAGAGCUCCGCAUCCAGCACAACGCUUCGUUACCCCACAAACAUAGUCUACGAGCCGAAUCCCUUUAAAUAUAAUCUACACACAGGUGCAAAUGGUUUUAGUUUGCACGCGCAAGGCGUAGAGGAGGUGGGGAAACCCAUCUAUGAGCGUAGACCAAAUGUGACGCCGCAACAGCUUUCGACGACAAACCGUGCGAUGGUGACGCCAAGUGCAUCCGCGAGCACUACCGGCACAACUACAAACAAGCCAACACAGCGAGCCCUCUUGCCCGAGGCUUCGUACGAGGAUGAAAUUGUGCCAACCACAUACGCGCCGCCUUUGCGAAAUGCCUGGCGUUUGGGCCGCACUAGCGCACGGCCAUUGCAGCACAUCGUUUUGGAGACGAAUAUUGAGGAUGACCAUGUCUCUAGUUCGGGUAGCGAGCAAAGCGUGGUGACGGCAUUGAAGGAAACCAGUACUGUGCGUCCAAUUACGAGCAUCAGCACCACAACGUCGACAACUACAACGCCACGUACUACUAGCAGCACUACGACCAGAACCACAACCACAACUACAACUACGACAACAACCACAACCACGACGCCUGCGCCAACGCCCGCAUUUGUAUUUCCCACCACAGAACGCGCUGUACAGAGUUACACACCGCGCGAGCUCAGCUUCAAAGAUAGCCUAAUCAAAACCACCGGCAUUCCUGCGCAGCGCUUCGUCUCGCCAUAUAAAAGCCUUGAGACUAUACUGCAAGAGAAAGAUGAUCGUUACACGGGCGCAAACUCACUCCGCAGCACCGUUAAGCCACGUUAUAUGAACCCAACAACACCUUCCACAUUUACACUAAGCACCAGCAAGCCGCUACGCAGCUACUUCCUCAUCACAACUCCUCCAAGGAAUCUUAGUGACUCGAUUUUUGCCACAGCUUCGACAGGCAUACGGAAUUUCAGCGUGAGCGAUACCAUACUUAGCACCUUUUCAAAUACACCAUCCAGAUCUGCUGCGCUGCCGCAAUCUUUGGCUAGCACCACGUCGACGACUACGACCACCAAAGCGCCCACCACCGAGGCUACAACUGAGAGUACAACACCGACGACGAUGUCCACAGUCAUUGUUACCGCGCCUAUACGCAUCGCACAAGCAGUUUCAAGCCAAAACACACUGAGAGAACAAGCCCUGGGAAGUGAUUAUGGCGGCGGAAAAAGUUCGGAGACACCACGUCCACGCGGACGCUCACGUUACUCUGCGGCGACAGUAAAUGCAUUCGAAGAACCAACAACCUAUGCGCCAAGAGUACGCUACCCAGGUGCCAGCGCAGCCAGUUAUGAAGCUGUCACGUCUUCGCCCAACGAUGGCUAUCCAAAAAGGCGAACGCUGCAACGCGCACGCAUCGUGGCCAUACAGGGUCAACGUAAUGGACUGAGCGCGAAUGCACCACUGAAGUCUCGCGAAAAAUAUGAAACCUACAAAGCCGAGCAGCAACAGAAACAGGCUACUAUUACGGCGUACGGGCAAACGGCACAGAAGUCGGUCAAUCGAAAACCGAUUGAAAACGAAUCGACUGUGGAGGGUGGUCCACGCGCCGAAGCCUUGGUGCGGCUGCCCAUUGAUGCGAAGCAAGACAACAGCAUUGAAUCGGCGGGUAGCGCCAGCUCAUCUUCGUCCACAGAACAAAAGACCGAUCGGCCACUGAAGUUCCUGUUCUCGAACAAAUAUCGGCAGCAAACUAAAGAUCGCACCUUGGCUGAGAGUUUGCAGAAUGCUGGUUAUAUUACCUCCAGCACUGGGCGCACCAAGUUCGAACCAGCUUCAGUGCUGGAACAACUGCAACUCUACCUCGCAGGCGAUAGUGAUGAGAGCAGCGCACAACAAUUCGUAGAUGAUUUGUCAGAGCGUGAAAUCAAUGCUGCAGUGAAAGAGAUCAAAAAUCUCUACACCACACCCAAAGCCAAAGCCACAGCAACAACAUACGCAAGCACAACAACAACGACGACGACCACUCAUAGACCAGCUACCACAACCACAACAACUACAUUGCGUCCGACUACUACUGCCGCGCCGCCGACUACUGCUUACCGCGUAGCAAGCGCCCCUCAGUCAACACCAACCACUUCCACUACCACAACCACAAAUACCGUCACACUUGCGAACAACCGUUCCCCCAUACACACCAACACAAAUACAUAUACACAAACGAAAGUGCCAGCACCUGCCUUCACAUCCAACUCCUCCUCCUCCUCCAUCAACCACUCAACCACCAGCAACACAGCGCCAGCGAGCACUGCCAAAUCCUUGUUAACGCCAAUGCGUGCUUCAAGAGUUAAUAAUGCCAUCAAGUCGUCGAUUGCCGCUGCCGCUUACUCCGCUUCUUCUUCGCCUACCGCUUCCUCCACCACAACCACCGUCUCCAACUCUGCUUCCCAGCAGGCGUCUGCAGCUGUGGGCACCGCCAACGCGGCCAGAGGUAAAAGUAUUAAGGGCAAUGCUUACGUUACGAAUACCGGUGCAGCAAUCAAAUGUUCCGACACCACAUCGAAUGCCAAGUGCAACGAAAUUCCCUCGAGGUACUUAACCAACAACAGCAACAAUCAAAACAACUACAAAUUUUAUCUCGUUAAGAAGAAACUCACUCGUAUCUCUAUGACUAUCUGCGGUUUGAAUGUCAGUGAGGUACCACAAAUGGUAUUGAUAACCUUCGAUGACGCUAUCAGCAUAUUAAAUAUCGAUUUUUACGAGGAGCUUUUCAACAACCAAUCGCGCUUCAAUCCUAAUGGUUGCUUGUUACGCGGCACUUUCUAUGUCUCGCACGAGUGGACCAAUUAUGGUAUAGUGCAGGAUCUCUAUGCGGAUGGACAUGAGAUGGCUUCGCAUUCAGUCUCAUGCGCGUGCGCUCCUACAGGCGAUUUACCAGUUGAGACUGUACCUCAAAUUGUGCUAAUCACAUUCGACGACUCUGUUAAUGAUCUGAAUAAGCAACUUUAUAUCGAUCUAUUCGAAAAGGGGCGUGUCAAUCCGAAUGGUUGUCCUAUAACGGCAACUUUCUACGUAUCACACGAGUGGACUGACUACAGUCAAGUGCAAAAUUUGUACGCCGAUGGGCAUGAGAUGGCCUCACAUACUGUAUCUCACAGCUUCGGCGAACAAUUCUCGCAAAAGAAGUGGACGCGUGAGAUUGCCGGCCAGCGUGAAAUUCUCGCCGCCUAUGGUGGUGUCAAGCUCUCCAAUGUGCGUGGUAUGCGUGCGCCGUUCCUCUCGGUCGGCGGCAAUAAAAUGUACAAAAUGCUUUACGACUCAAACUUUACCUACGAUUCAUCACUGCCAGUGUACGAAAAUCGCCCACCAUCAUGGCCCUACACCUUCGACUAUAAAAUCUUCCACGACUGCAUGAUACCACCCUGCCCGACGCGCAGCUAUCCGGGUGUAUGGCAAGUGCCUAUGGUGAUGUGGCAAGACUUGAACGGUGGACGUUGUUCAAUGGGUGAUGCCUGUUCGAAUCCCAGCGAAUCGGAUGGUGUUUACAAAAUGAUUAUGAAGAAUUUCGAAAGACACUACACGACAAACAGAGCUCCAUUUGGUCUCUACUACCAUGCGGCUUGGUUCACGCAGCCUCACCAUAAAGAAGGUUUCAUCAAAUUCUUAGACGCCAUCAAUCAAUUGCCAGACGUUUGGAUUGUGACCAAUUGGCAAAUGUUGCAAUGGGUACGUGAUCCAACACCACUCUCGCGCAUCAAUUCCUUCCAGCCAUUCUCGUGUGAUUACUCGGACCGUCGGAAGCGUUGCAACAACCCCAAGGUCUGCAAUCUCUGGCACAAAUCCGGCGUACGUUAUAUGAAAACGUGUCAACCCUGUCCCGACAUCUAUCCAUGGACCGGCAAGUCAGGCAUACGUUCAUCGCGUAUCGACAACGAAAUUGAAGAUUCGACAGCGUAAAUUGCAAAAUGUGUUUGUGUGUGUGAGAGCAAUACUAGAUAAGUGGUAUAAGCUUCUGUGUUUUUUGGGGGGAGGGUGGAACCAAGCAGAGCAGCAGCGGCGGAGCAAAGUUCGAUGUGUAAGGUGUAAACUCAGACGCUUUGCUGCACUGCGCGUGCGCAUGCGCUAUUUGUAAAUAUACGCACAAGUGUCAAUCAGAAAGAGAAACAUACAAACAUACAUACAACUGCAAAUGCACAAAAUAUGCAAUUCACUCGUUAGCAGCGUCAAAAUUAUUGUAAAAGUCGA